ACACCUAUCAUCACAAACAUCCUGCCUCUCCUCAUACACCCCGCCCAUGUAGAUAGAGAGGGCUCCGUGCUCGCACCAUGAUGACGAAAUUUGCAAGUUCUCCUACCUUCGCCGAUUUUACUUGCUUACUAUAGAUCAGUUAUACGUUGAGAUUAAAGUUUCAUAAUUUCAUUAAUAUUACUUUCGAUCAUGCCACACUUGCGGUUUGAGGGGGGCAAAAGAAUCGCAGUGGAAUUUUUUCCAGUCCCCGGCCGUGCAGGGGAGGGAUCCGGUGAUGAUCCGGUAACCGGUAACAAAAGAAGCUUCUCUCUCUCUCUGCGUCUCUCUCUUAUGCCUGAACAAAAAGUAAUCGGGACAUAGAAACUUCACAAUCAUAACGAUUCGGGAGCAAGCAAUACAAUUGAGACAGAGAGAGAGAGAGAGAGAGAGAGAGAGAGAGAGAGAGAGAGAGGAGCUCUGCCUCUGUCUGUGUGCUCAACCCAGCCCUCCUCCAUUCCCUUCAAUUCCAUCCGCAAUGCGAGCGAGUGCGACUGCUGCUGCGUCUUCCAUCUUCUUCUUCUCCAUCAAGCUCUCUCCUUUCCCUCUGCUCCGCUCUCUGCCACUGUAAUCCUUCCACUCUCCAUCCCUUCUCUCUCUCGGCUCAAUUCUGUUUCUUUAUGUUCUUUCCAUGUCCAAGCAAUGUUCUUCUUCUUCUUCGUCCCUAAAUUUACUGUUUGUUGCAGAGAAUCUCUGCUGGACUGACUCCAGGCGGUACUUAAAGUGCUCUCUCUCUCUGCCUCUCCCCCUCAAGUUCGUCUCGUCAUCCGUGCAUUAAAGCAAACCUCUGCUCCAACCGUCGAACCAAUCCAUCCUCAGAACAGAUUCUUCUCUUUCCUUUAACCCUCCAAGAAGCUCUUCUUCUAAUCCCGCUCCUGAAACUUAACUGCCUCGUGAUUUCGAGCCGCAACGCCGAGUCGAGUCGCAGGAAGGAGAAAGAAGCUCUGAACCAAAGGCAAGGCAAGACAAGGCAAGGCAAGGCUCUGUUCUGUCUUCCACCGUAGUGAGAGUUUUGCGAUGCGAGCUCCAAUUUCGUAAUGCAUGGAUGAAUCGAAGUUAAAAUUUGCCGGAAAUUCCCGCAACUCGAUCGGUGAUCUCCGGCGAGCCGAGAGUGUGAAUGUUCAUAAUCUGUUCGGCUUUUUUUGGUGAUUGCAGAGGGGCCGGAUUUGGGAGUUUUGAGAGUUCCAGGCCGAGAAGAAGAUUAGAUAAAAGAUGCUGACCUGCAUAGCUCGCUCGAAGCAACCCGGCGACGAGUCCAUGAGUCAACACGAGACCGCCGAUUCCUCCGCCGCCGCGGCCGCUUCUAAGAACCAGGCCGUCAAAUCUCUCACUUCUCAGCAGCUCAAGGACAUGGCGCUGAAGGCCUCCGGGGCGUACCGGCACUGCAACCCGUGCACAGGGUCGGCGCCGCCUGGCAGGCUGAAGAGCCCAGGCGAAUCGGACGCGGACUCCGACAGGUUCCGGUGGUCGUACAGGCGGCAGGGGAGCUCGAGCUCGGCGACCCCCAGGACGUGGGGUAAGGAAAUGGAGGCGAGGCUGAAGGGGAUAUCGAGCGGGGAGGCCACGCCCAAGUCUCUGAGCGGGCGGCGACCCGACCCGAUCAUCUUCGUCGAGGAGAGCGAACCCAAGGAGUGGGUCGCCCAGGUGGAGCCCGGCGUCCUCAUCACCUUCGUCUCCCUGCCACGUGGCGGUAACGACCUCAAACGCAUCCGUUUCAGUCGAGACAUGUUCAACAAAUUUCAAGCUCAAAGAUGGUGGACGGAGAACUAUGACAAGGUCAUGGAACUUUACAAUGUCCAAAGGCUCAAUCGCCAAGCCUUCCCCCUUCCAACGCCACCAAGAUCUGAGGAUGAGAGCUCAAAACUUGAAUCUGUACAUGAUAGUCCUGUGACCCCACCUCUUACUCGGGAGCGUUUGCCUUGGAACCUGCAUCGUCCGGCAAACGGGAUGGCAAUGGGCUACUCAUCCUCAGACUCGCUGGACCACCCGCCAGGUCAGCCCCGCCAGUACCGGGACUCUACAGGUGUGAACUCGACCCCAAAGCUGUCUAGCAUAAGUGGGGCCAAGACGGAGACAUCCUCAAUAGAUGCCUCUAUGAGAAGCAGCUCAUCGAGGGAUGCCGAUCGCUCGGGAGAGCUCUCCAUCAGCAACGCCAGCGAUCUGGAGACCGAGUGGGUCGAACAGGAUCAACCUGGGGUGUAUAUUACCAUCAGGGCACUGCCUGGUGGCAAAAGAGAGCUCAGAAGAGUCAGGUUCAGUCGAGAAAGAUUUGGAGAGAUGCACGCGCGAUUAUGGUGGGAGGAAAACCGAGCCCGAAUACACGAACAAUACUUGUGAGAACAAACCGAGCCGAACCGAAUGCGACGCUCUCUGCCGAAGGAAUACGGGUCGGUUUCCUUCUCGGGUUUUUUGAAGGCUAUGAUCGAUCCCUCUAAAAUUUUUCCUACAAUUUUCAUUUCCUCUGAAUUUAUUUAUUUUUCUUUUUUGAUUAAUGUCUGCAAUAUUAUAUAUAUAUAUAUAUAUAUAUAUAUCAAGCACUCUACAAAAUAUCUCUCCUUAUGUAUAUUUUUGGAAAUCAGGGAGGUAUCUCUCGCACCUCCAGAGGCAUGGUAUAUAGGGGGGAAAAAUUAUAACGUGUCUUACGUAUCCUUGUCCAUUUGCUGCUUCUUGUUAAGCUUUCAGACACAUUGGGCUCGAAAAUUCAGAAGUCCUAUGCCAUUUUCUCUCGUUUUCGUCUAUAAAAUUAUUUUUUGGUGAAA